AUGAUACCGAAGGAGAAUAAUGAAAAGGAGUCGCAUCUCGAGUAUACGCAAGAGAAACAAUCGAUCCUUUACGAUGUUGAGAGUCAUAGAGAAAUAACUCCAGUGACUAUAGUAGACUCAGUGAUACAGGAGGAACAAGAACAAGAACAAGAACAAACCCCAGGAAAUAGAUUUCAUUCGGGGAUAGUUGAUAAACUUACAUAUCUCUCUAAACGACUGGAUAACAUCGGUGUGGAGAGCACAGGUAUAGAUAGAAUUCCUCCAUAUGAACGUGGUUCUUCUAAAUUGUUUUUACAUGUAGCAGGUUUAUGGCUAAGUGCUACUGGUGGGUUAUCAUCGAUGUCAUCAUUCUUGUUGGGCCCUUUGCUUUUUGAAUUAAACUUUAACCAAUCUCUCGUAUCGGGCCUUAUCGGCAUGGCUAUUGGAUGUGUUAUUGCUGCGUACUGUUCCACAAUGGGACCUCAAUCAGGUUGUAGACAAAUGGUUACAGCACGUUACUUGUUUGGUUGGUGGUCAGUUAAAUUAAUUGCUUUGGCGGCUAUUAUCGGUGUACUUGGUUGGUCUGUUGUGAAUUCUGUUGUUGGUGGUGAAAUGUUGGCUGCCAUCUCUAAUGAUAAAGUUCCUGUAUGGGUUGGUAUUCUUAUAGUCACAUUAUGUUCUUUCUUUGUGGCUGUUUUUGGUAUCAAACAAGUAUUAAAAGUGGAGACAUAUUUAGCUGUCCCUGUAUUGACUACCUUUCUUCUAUUGUACAUCUCCUCUAGUGAUAAAUAUGAUUUGAUCCAUGCUAUAGAUAACUCUACGGUACCAAAGGAUACAAUAAAAGGUAACUGGUUAAGUUUCUUCUCGUUAUGCUACAGUAUUACUUCAACAUGGGGGUCUAUCACUGCCGAUUAUUAUAUUUUAUUUCCAGAAGACACAGCUCAAUACAAAGUUUUCUUAUUAACAUUAUUUGGUACUUUGGUGCCUACUUUAUUUGUCGGUGUACUUGGUGUACUGCUAGCUGCUGUUGCGGUGACAUAUCAACCUUGGAAUGAUGAAUACACAGCCCACGGCAUGGGUGGUUUGUUAUGGUCUGGUUUUGCAAGAUGGAAUGGGUUUGGUAAAUUCUGUGUUGUGAUCUUAAUCUUAAGUCUGGUAUCAAACAAUAUCAUCAAUACUUAUUCAGCGGCAUUUUCAAUCCAAUUAUCAAGUGUGUACUGUAGCAAAAUCCCACGUUGGUUCUGGUGUAUUGUCUGUACUAUCAUUUAUUUGGUAUGUGCUUUAGUUGGACGUAAUCAUUUCAGUACCAUCUUAGGUAAUUUCUUACCUAUGAUUGGGUAUUGGAUUAGCAUGUAUUUCAUAUUAUUAUUUGAAGAAAAUGUAAUCUUCAGGAGAUACUUUUUACACAUGUAUACAAAGGAAUUCCCAAAAACGCAAGAUGACGAUGAUAAUGAUACAAUAGGCACAAGAAGAAGAGCUACAAACUUACAUUUAUUGAAACGUAAACACAUUGCAGCGCACCAUAGAUACAACUGGGAUGAAUGGCAAAACUACGACGUCUUAACACAUGGGUAUGCAGCUACAUUUGCCUUCUUAUGCGGUGUAGCCGGUGUCGUUGUCGGUAUGGCUCAAGUUUACUGGAUUGGGCCCAUUGCAAGAAGAUUUGGUGAGUUUGGAGGUGAUAUUGCCAUGUGGCUCUCGAUGGGGUUCUCGGGAGUAGUGUAUCCAUGGGUGCGUUACUUAGAACUAAAGAAGUUUGGUCGUUAA